AGCGUUUCCUCGUUUGUGACCAGGCUUCCGGCGAUAUGAGAAUACAGCUGAAAUAAAAAGGGAUGGUCUUUGAAGAUGACCGGGCUCUAAAAAGCUUCUAAGCGGCGCCCAGGAAGCUUUGAGCCACUUUUGAUAGGAAUCAGGGUUAGCAAAACUUCAGCAGUUCAUUGCUGCUAAGAAGGCGCAGGCUACCCGCUCGCCCUGGGGUGAGCUAGAGUAGACAUCUCUAUGGUCGAGAGACCAUAGAGAGGUUCCUUCCCAUGCGUGGGGCAACGCCUGAGCAGUAGCAGCUGCGCUGGAAAAAUGGCGGAGGAGGAGCAAAGAAAAAAGAUCCCUUUGGUUCCAGAAAAUCUCUUGAAAAAGAGGAAGGCAUAUCAGGCCCUCAAAGCCACACAGGCGAAGCAAGCGCUUUUGCAAAAGAAAGAGCAGAGGAAAGGAAAGGAACUCAAGUUUAAACGACUGGAAUGGUUCCUACAUGAUUCCUGGCGGCAACUACGUGACAGAGUGCGCCUCAGACGACUGGAAGUGAAGCCUCAUGGCUUGGAAGUGCCAGAUAAACAUUCCUUGGCCUUUGUUGUACGCAUCGAAAGGAUCAGUGGGGUGAGUUCAGUGGUGCAGAGGACCAUUGCAAGACUUCGCCUGAAGAAGAUUUUCAGCGGUGUCUUUAUGCAGGUCACCCCUCAAACCAUAAAAACGCUUCGUAUAGUGGAACCUUAUGUGACCUGGGGAUUUCCAAAUCUGAAGUCUGUUCGGGAACUCAUCUUAAAACGGGGACAAGCCAAGGUCAAGAACAAAAUCAUUCCCCUGACAGACAACACAGUGAUUGAGGAGCAUCUGGGGAAGUUUGGUGUCAUUUGCUUGGAAGACCUCAUUCAUGAAAUUGCCUUCCCUGGGAAGAAUUUUCAGGCGAUCUCAGGGUUCUUGCGCCCUUUUCAACUCUCAGUGGCCCGUCAUGCUACCAAGAAUAGAGUGGGCUUCCUCAAGGAAGUGGGCUCUCCUGGCUACCGUGGUGAACGCAUCAAUCAGCUCAUCCGGCAAUUGAACUAAACCCAGAAUACCUGAAAGCACAGUGCAUUGGAAGCAUGUGUUUUUGUCUUAUGGAAUUAUCACCCAGUAUCUUCAAGGAAGAUUAUUUUCUGCUGUAGCUUCAGAAGCUGGAGUGGAAGAGUCAGAGAAAGAUGAUGUUCACGGCAGGCACUUUUCAUCCCACCCACAGUGCCAUGGAAAAGUUCCUGUGUAUUUUCUGCAGUGACCGCCAUCUACCUCUGAAAAACAGCAAAGGACUCAUUCCAUGGAGAAGGUAGUCCUGUUUUGUCACAUCUUCUAGGAAAACUCAAGCAUGAAUACAAGACAGCAGUGGCAUACUUGAACCUGCGGGCUCCUCGGGUCUUGCUUUGGAAAGAACUUGAAAUACAAUUAGAAAGAAGCACACAAAAAUAAUGCUCCAUUGUCUCUGCUGUGAGUCUGUCUUCUAACUUCUGUGACAGAUUGAUGUGCUGUCACUUUGCUGGGUCUAGGUGUAUCUGGUAGCUUCCUUACUUUUUCCUGCAACUAGUUUUCCACCAACUAGUGCUUACUUUUUUUCCACCAACUUUUUUUCCACCAACUUUUUUUUCACCAACUUUUUUUCCACCAACUUUUUUUCCACCAACUUUUUUUCCACCAACUAGUGCUUACUUUUUCCACCAACUAGUGCUUUUUUUCUCUCUAGCUCAGGAUUUUAACCCAUGAGAAGGAAAGGACUCUUUCCCUAGGAAAACAUGAACACACUACAGUUUUUUCUUGGAAGUUUAGGGUGGUUGUAGACCUGUCUCAGGGACUGAGGCACCUUAUGUGAAGAAGUCCUGUUCUACCAGUUUGGUUACCCAGGCUCUGACCUAGCUGGUCUCCUCUGGUUCUGUGACGUAUAGAAGACCAAAGCUUACCAAGGUGGCUCUUGCUCUUCAACCCAAAUGAGUUGUUUCCCAUUAAGAACACAGUAAUACUGAGUUCCCGUUGUGGUGCAGUGGUUAACGAAUCUGACUAAGGACCGUGAGGUUGCGGGUUCGAUCCCUGGCCUUGCUCAGUGGGUUAAGGAUCUGGUGUUGCCGUGAGCUGUGGUGUAGGUCGCAGACGUGGCUGGGAUCCCAUGUUGCUGUGGCUGUGGUGUAGGCGGGUGGCUACAGCUCCGAUUAGACCCCUAGCCUGGGAACCUCCAUAUGCCGCAGGUUUGGCCCUAGAAAAGACAAAAACAAACAAACAAAAACACAGUAAUAGAGAGCUAAGCCCCUGUACUGUCUGUGACUCGGGGAAAUGCCUGCUCUUUAUUUCUCCUGGGCUGCAAGAUGGAAUUUUCUUAUUUCCAUGAUGGUCAGUCCUCUUUAAACCCAAAUCAGGAAAAAGUAAAC